CUUUUUCUUGCCGCUUGCAGAGAGAAAGAGAGAGAAGUGUGUUAGUCAGCCUCCAACUUGGAGAGGAAGUUACCACCUCUUUCCCAGACUCACGCACACACACACACACUCGCACACACACUCGCAGUCUUUAGGCGACCACAGCAGCGAGAACCGUCUUGGCCGGCUUAUUUGUGAUGAAUGUUUUAUUUCCACAGAUUUUGGAGGAAAUAUGUUUUUUGUGCAGCCUGCAUCAAGCGCUCGGUGUGGAGCGAAGCAUUGACUUGGACAUGAUUUGUUCUCACUGCACACUGGAGAAUCCCGAAUUUCAGUGCCCCGGGGCAACCAUUCUCCCGAAUUUCCACCCGGACAACAAUACUGGGGGCGUGCCUUAAAGGCCGGCCACAUCAACUGUUUAUACUGAGGACCAAAGAUCGCCGUAAUCCGGAGAGGGACAAAGACCGAGCCUGAUUGUUUCACAUCCACUCUGCACACCAUGAGCUGGGACUGAAGACCGGCGUCUCAGUUGGAUCGUGCUUGGAAGGAAGCGAGCGCCACCAUGGAUGUGAGGAAGAAAGAAAUGGACCUCCUGAGCAACAGCAUAGCUGCUUAUGCGCACAUUAAAGCAAACCCAGAGACUUUCGGCCUCUACUUCGUGCUGGGCGUGUGUUUCGGCCUGGUGCUGACCCUCUGCCUGCUGGUCAUCCGCAUCUCCUGCAAGCCCCGCACCGAGCAGGCCUCGUCCGCCGCCGCCACGCCCGAGAAGAAGCCGCCGAAGGACGUCGCCGGCCAGGACGAGGAGGAGAGCGAGGAGGACGAGGACGAGGAGAGGUCUCAGGACGUGGAAGCGCCCGCCCCGCUGCUCUCCACCGAGAUCCCCGUCUGCAACCACGGCAGCAACCACUCGGACGGCACGCUCAACGUUUUCACUUCAGCGGACGAGCUGGAGAGGGCGCAGCGGCUGGAGGAGCGGGAGAGGAUCAUACGGGAGAUCUGGAGGAACGGACAGCCGGACAUCCUGGGGUCGGGAACGGGGACCAUCGGAAGGGUGCACUACUACUAAGUCACAUGACACUUGGAGGCCUGUGACCUUGCACUUGCUCAGUUCUCUACCCACCAGAACUGUCUCAGAAGACUGGAGAGUGACUGGAGCUGAUGAUGCUUCUUGUGUUAUGCGUGUGGUGAGUACAACAUGGAAGCAUUCAUAUGGACCAGGGGUGGCCGUUACGUGGAUGGCGAGCUAGCGGUGGAUGGCGAAGGGUGUGUCAGGCCAUUACAAGAAUACACCUAAAAAUGAGUGACCAUCAAUCUUCACCAAGACGUCACUUGAUUGACAUUCACGGCACCCCAGGGUCUUGUGAGGUGAUGCUGGCUGCUGCCAGGUCUUUAUUAAGAAAAAACGACCGACAGAAAGGCGAGAAAGAUUUUUUAUUGUGCCGUACCUGCCGUCAAAACUCUAAAGACCGACUGCACAGUUCCUGUCUUCACAAUAAAAGCGCUGCUUCAUCCUG